CAGAGGUCGCAGGUCAUUUGUAGACAAACCGGGAAAACUCUUGCGUGCAGAAGCGUUGCGAGGCUGCUUGGAGUUUUAAAAGGUUAAGGAAAACUGGCAAGCAGAGAGGAGAGAAGGGUUUUACGUUCUUGAUGAACGGGUGUUUGUCAUUGUUGGGAAUGUGACUAGAGUCGGAGUAUAUCUCGGCGCCAUCAUAAUCAUUAUCAUCAUGUACACGUGAGCUUGUCGUGCAACGAGAAACGUGGUCGUGUUAAACGUCAAAUUGAUACACCUGAGAUCCAAGACGGAGCCUGCUGGAAUGAAGAACAAAGGAGGGAGCUUCUUGGAUAACCGCCUGAAGCAGAGAGUUAAGCAGUAUUUGCGUGACAGUUCCACGGAGUAUGUAGACCUUGUAGGAGUUGCAGCUGAACUUCAGCGAAUGUACAGCAUGGAGUAUGGACGACGAAAAAGAAAUGCUUUUAGGAUACAGGUGGAAAGAGCGUAUAAUUCAAUAUGCAAUGAGGCAGACUCCACCAGCUUAGAGAAUGACCAUCUCAUCAAAAGGGCAAGACACAGUCAGGGGGACAAUGGAAUGGAAGAAGAUGCGUGUUCUAUAGAUUCAACAGACAGUGACAAUGACCUGGACUAUCCUUCCAAUAAUCACAUGAACAACUCCCUUGUAUCGCUGUAUCAAAAAGGGGCUGCCAAAUCUGUACCCAGCACACCACUUAACAAGCAGCCAGUGGAUAAAAGCACCCCAGUCCAGGUUUUAAGCAAAACUGCUCCUGCAGAUUCUGGGGAGCCAUCAGGGAGUACUAGAUCCUCACAUGGAGGCUGGUUUAUUGAUAAAAACCCCAGUGGGAAAGGAAAGGAGGAGAGCAUUUUCAUUGAUCUCUGUGAAGACAGCCAAGGGGCAGUUAGCCAAGAGAAGUCUUUUGAAACUUCCCUCCUAGAAAGUGAGAAAAAGAAAAGCAAAGUGACCAAAGGAAGGAAACAGAAAGAUGUUGCAUCAUUGAGUAUAGAUGGAGAAAUUGAAUCAAGCAUAUUAAAUAAAAAAGGAAAGACUAAAGCUCCGGAUCUUCAGUUUGCAACUUUCAAGUUUGAAGAUGUUGGAGGCAAUGAGGAGACAUUAAAGGAAGUAUGCAGGAUGCUUAUCCACUUGCGACAUCCUGAGGUGUAUCAGCAGCUUGGAGUUACACCUCCACGAGGGUUCCUUCUCCAUGGGCCUCCAGGUUGUGGGAAGACUCUUCUAGCACAGGCAAUUGCUGGAGAGUUGGAAAUGCCAAUGUUGAAAGUGGCUGCCACAGAGCUGGUGUCUGGAGUUUCGGGCGAAUCUGAGCAGAAGUUACGAGAGCUGUUUGACCAGGCUGUGACAUCUGCACCAUGCAUCUUAUUUAUUGAUGAAAUUGAUGCUAUCACUCCAAAAAGAGAAAUGGCUUCAAAGGACAUGGAGAGGAGAAUAGUGGCCCAGCUUCUGACUUGCAUGGAUGAUCUCAAUGCUCUGGCAGCAACAACACAGAUCCUGGUUAUUGGAGCUACAAACAGACCAGAUUCUCUUGACCCUGCACUGAGACGAGCUGGUCGCUUUGACAGAGAAAUUUGCCUUGGCAUUCCUGAUGAAGGAGCAAGACAAAAAAUUUUGCAGACGCUGUGCCGGAAGCUGAAACUUCCAGAAAACUUUGAUUUUCUACAGCUUGCUCGUCUAACCCCUGGCUAUGUUGGAGCUGAUUUGAUGGCUCUAUGCAGAGAGGCAGCCAUGAGCGCAGUGAAUCGAGUCCUCAUUAGUAAGCAGGAAGUAAAAUCCCAGGAGGUCCCCGCCAUAACUGAUGGGCAGCCUGACAAUACAAAUUCAGAAAAUCCAGACAGCCAGAACUGUGAGUCAGAAGUCAAAGAACAGGAAGAGCUUCAUAUGUUACUGAAAAUGCUAAAGGAGCAAUCUCCUGUAUGUGAGGAGCAACUGCAGAAGCUGUGUAUUGAAAUGGAGGAUUUUAUCUGUUCACUGUUGCUAGUACAACCUUCUGCCAAGAGGGAAGGGUUUGCUACUGUUCCAGAUGUUACCUGGGCUGAUAUUGGAGCCUUGGAGGAUAUUCGUGAAGAGCUCUCUCUGGCAAUUUUGGCGCCAGUUCGAAAUCCCGAACAAUUUAAAGCUCUUGGUCUUACUGCUCCAGCUGGCAUACUGCUUGCUGGGCCCCCAGGUUGUGGAAAAACACUUCUUGCAAAGGCAGUUGCCAAUGAAUCUGGAUUGAAUUUUAUCUCUGUUAAAGGACCAGAAUUGUUAAACAUGUACGUGGGAGAAAGUGAACGUGCCGUUCGUCAGGUUUUCCAACGAGCUCGGAACUCUGCCCCUUGUGUCAUUUUUUUUGAUGAAAUUGAUGCUCUGUGCCCACGCCGUUCUGAUCAUGAGUCAGGGGCAAGUGUUCGUGUUGUUAAUCAACUGCUCACAGAAAUGGAUGGACUGGAGACACGGAAACAAGUUUUUAUCAUGGCUGCCACUAACAGGCCAGAUAUUAUUGACCCUGCUGUACUUCGGCCAGGUCGCUUAGACAAGUCCUUGUAUGUGGGUUUGCCGCAACCUCAGGAGCGUUUUGCUAUACUGCAGACGAUCACCAAGUGUGGGAAGAGACCCUUGCUUCAGCCUGAUGUUAACCUGAAAGAAAUCGCCCUUGAUGAAAGGUGCACUGGAUUCACGGGUGCUGACCUGUCCGCUUUGGUUCGUGAGGCUUCCAUUAAUGCUCUCCGUGGCCAGAUAAAUCUGACAUUUUCAAGUACCAGCAUCAGCAGUGGGUCAGUGUCUCCAGUGAUGGUCAGCCGACAGAACUUUGAGGAUGCCUUUAAGAAAGUGAAACCUUCAGUAUCAAAAAAGGAGCAGCAGAUGUACGACGUGCUCAAAGCUUCACUGAGCCCCUGAGCUCGGGGGGGAGCUCAGCUGUAAAACUGCAGUUUGUCACAUGACUAAUUCAGCCAUUUCCAGUUCAUCAGAUCAUGGGAUUUCGGUUUACAUCGAGCGCACUGAAAUGGCAGCUUUACCAUCCCAAGAAUCAUGAGGUGGGUGGACGGUGGUGUGUGUCUGUGUGUGAAGUACAAGGCCUCAGAAGAGCUCCAGCGGGACAGUAGAGGUACCGGAGUUUGGUGUAGUCUGAGCCCAUGCUAUCCAGAGACACUUUUUAUUCUAUUUAGUGGAUUUGGGGUUAGGGGGGUUGUACUUCAGCACAAACUUUCUGCCUUUCAACUUCUUCUACAAUCUAAAGUGAAUCAAGUACACUGGGGGGGGGGGAUACAGGGAAGUUACCUUCAGUUACAGUGAAAACCAUCAGUGGCAUCAAAAGUGCAAAACAAAAAACCCCUCUGCUCUUCUAUGAGUAGACUGUAGCUUUAUACUCCGCGGGAAACUGCUGAUACUGUUCUG